AUGACGGAACCGCUCUCUAAGGUAGACUCCGCCGUUCAAGGCUUGUCAUCAUCACCGCCAAAGGAGAAGGGCCAUAGAAGGGCCAGCUCCAGCGCAGCUGGUGUCAUGAAUAUCAAUGAUUUGGAGAAGGAUGGCAUUGAGCUACAGAUUGCGAUUGAGACGCAAAAAACAGGCUGGAAGAUUAACAAGAGCCCCACCACUGUUGACGACCCAAGUGUAUUGAAAGUCAUGUUGACGAAGCCUCCUGUCAAGAAGAUUGACCUGCACUUCCCGUUAGGAAUGGAGGUAACAGCAAGGAAUAUGAAGGGUGUGACCGUUAAAGAUGCCAUGGAUGCAAUCUACAAGGCAUACAAGAAGCGGGCUGAUGACGAGCUCGACAACCCAUACCUAGCUGGCUUCGAGUGGGACAAGGAGGAGUCAUGGACACGGUUGGUUGUCCACCUCCAGAAGGAACCCGGCACUACCGGCCACGGUGGCGGCGGCAAGAAGAAAAAGGGCAAGAAGGACGAGGAGUAA